AUGAAUUAUUCAUCAUUACUUAGAAUUUGGGUCUCUUUCAUCUUCGCACUUGUAUGGCACCAAGUUCAGCCCAGGGAACUCAUGUAUCCAUUUUGGCAGAAUGACACCAAAACCCCUAAAGUGGACGAUGGAAGCUCAUCUGAGAUUAAACUAGCCAUUCCCGUCUUCUUCUUCGGCGUUCCUUACCGUACUGUCUACGUCAAUAACAACGGAGUUGUUUCCUUCAAUGUGCUUGUGAGCCAGUUCACACCUGAAUCUUUUCCCCUGACGGACGGGAGGGCCUUCAUUGCUCCCUUUUGGGCAGAUGUGCACAAUGGGAUUCGAGGCGAGAUCUAUUACAGAGAGACCAUGGACCCUGUCAUCUUGAGGAGAGCCACCAAGGACAUCAGGAAGUACUUCAAAGACAUGGCAACCUUCUCUGCCACUUGGGUUUUCAUUGUGACCUGGGAGGAAGUCACAUUUUACGGAGGGAGCAGCACCACGCCUGUGAACACCUUCCAGGCCGUCCUGGUAUCUGAUGGUUCCUACACAUUCACGCUCUUCAAUUAUUAUGAGAUCAACUGGACCACUGGCACCGCGAGUGGUGGCGAUCCCCUGACAGGUCUUGGGGGAGUGAUGGCGCAAGCAGGAUUUAAUGGUGGAAACCUCACCAAUUUCUUCAGCCUGCCGGGGUCAAGAACCCCUGAUAUUGUGAACAUUCAAGAGACAACAAACGUCAAUGUGCCAGGUCGCUGGGCAUUUAAAGUUGACGGGAAGGAAAUUGACCCAGCCAAUGGCUGCACCUCCAGAGGACAGUUCCUUCGGCGAGGGGAGGUGUUCUGGGAUGACCUGAACUGCACCAUCAAGUGCCGCUGUCUGGAUUUCAACAAUGAGAUCUACUGCCAGGAUGCCUCCUGCAGCCCCUACGAGGCGUGCGAACCCAAAGGCAAAUUCUUCUACUGCAGCCCGGUGGAGACGAGCACGUGUGUGGUGUUCGGGGAGCCGCACUACCACACGUUUGAUGGCUUCCUCUUCCACUUCCAAGGCUCUUGUGCCUACCUAUUGGCCCGGCAGUGUUUGCAGACUUCCAGCCUCCCCUUCUUCAGCGUGGAGGCCAAGAACGAGCACCGGGGGGGCUCAGCCGUCUCCUGGGUGAAGGAGCUCUCGGUGGAGGUGAAUGGCUACAAGAUUCUCAUCCCCAAAGGAAGCUAUGGAAAAGUCAAGGUCAAUGACCUAGUGGCUUCUUUGCCCGUCACCUUAGAGUUGGGGGCGGUGAAAAUCUACCAGAGUGGCAUGUCUACUGCCGUGGAAACAGAUUUUGGGCUCUUAGUGACAUUUGACGGCCAGCACUACGCCUCCAUCUCCAUCCCAGGCUCCUACAUCAACUCCACGUGCGGACUCUGCGGGAACUACAACAAAAACCCUCUGGAUGACUUCCUGCGCCCUGACGGCAGGCCGGCCAUGUCAGUCCUGGACCUGGGAGAGAGCUGGCGGGUCUACCACACCGAGUGGAAGUGCGACUCGGGCUGCGUGGACAACUGCACUCAGUGCGACACAGCCACCGAGGCCCUCUACUUUGGUCCCGACUACUGCGGCUUCCUCAACAGGACGGACGGCCCCCUGUGGGAGUGUGGCACUGUUAUGGACCCCACGGCCUUCGUGCACAGCUGCGUGUAUGACCUGUGCAGUGUGAGGGACAACGGGACCCUCCUGUGUCAGGCCAUCCAGGCCUAUGCCCUCGUGUGCCAAGGCCUGGGCGUUCCAAUCGGAGACUGGCGCAUCCAGACUGGGUGUGUGUCCACCGUGCAGUGCCCGAGCUUCAGCCACUACUCCGUGUGCACCAGCAGCUGCCCAGACACGUGCUCGGAUCUGACGGCCUCGCAGAACUGCGUCACGCCCUGCACGGAGGGCUGCGAGUGCAACGAAGGCUUUGUCCUCAGCUCCAGCCAGUGCGUCCCGCUGCACCAGUGCGGCUGCGACUUCGACGGCCACUACUACGCCAUGGGCGAGUUCUUCUGGGCCACGGCCAACUGCACGGUACAGUGCCUCUGCGAGGAGGGCGGCGAAGUGUACUGCUUCAACAAGACGUGCCGCGGCGGCGAGGUGUGUGCCGUGGAGGACGGCUAUCAGGGCUGCUUCCCCGAGCGGGAGGCCGUGUGCCUGCUCAGCCAGAGCCAGGUACUGCACAGUUUCGACGGCGCCGCCUACGCCUUCCCCGUCGAGUUCUCCUACACGCUCCUCAAAACCUGCCCCGAGCGGCCCGAGUACUUGGAGAUUGACAUCAACAAGAAGAAGCCCGAGGCGGGGCCCGCCUGGCUGCGGGGUGUCCGGAUCCUGGUGGCCGACCAAGAGGUCAAGAUAGGCGGCAUCGGGGCUUCGGAGGUCAAGGUGAAUGGUCAGGAAGUGGAACUGCCUUUUUUCCAUCCUUCGGGAAAGCUGGAAAUCUAUCGAAACAAGAACAGCACGACGGUGGAGUCCAAGGGUGUGCUGACCGUGCAAUACUCAGACGUGGGUCUGCUCUACAUCCGGCUCUCCACGGCCUACUUCAACUGCACGGGGGGCUUGUGUGGCUUCUUCAAUGCCAAUGCCAGCGACGAGUUCUGUCUCCCCACUGGCAAGUGCACGGACAACCUGGCAGUGUUCCUGGAGAGCUGGACCACUUUCGAGGAGAUCUGCAACGGGGAGUGCGGGGACCUGCUGAAGGCCUGCAGCAACGACUCGGAGCUGCUGAAGUUCUACCGCAGCCGCUCCAGGUGCGGCGUCAUCAACGACCCCUCCAACAGCUCCUUCCUGGAGUGUCACGGUGUGGUCAACGUCACCGCCUACUACCGCACCUGUCUCUUCCGCCUGUGUCAGAGCGGGGGCAACGAGUCGGAGCUCUGUGACUCCGUGGCCCGCUACGCAAGUGCCUGCAAGAAUGCCGAUGUGGAGGUGGGCCCCUGGAGAACCCAUGACUUCUGCCCUCUGGAGUGCCCGGAGAACAGUCAUUUCGAGGAGUGCAUGACGUGUACAGAGACCUGUGAGACCCUGGCCCUGGGCCCCAUCUGUGUGGACACCUGCUCCGAGGGGUGUCAGUGUGACGAGGGCUACGCCUUGCAAGGCAGCCAGUGUGUCACCCGGAGCGAGUGUGGCUGCAGCUUCGAAGGGCACCAGCUUGCCACCAAUGAGACCUUCUGGGUGGACCUGGACUGCCAGAUCUUCUGCUACUGCAACGGCACAGACAACAGCGUCCACUGUGAGAGCGUCCCCUGCAAGGACGACGAGUACUGCAUGGAGGAGGGCGGCCUCUACUACUGCCAGGCCCGCACGGACGCCUCCUGCGUCGUCUCGGGCUACGGCCACUACCUGACCUUUGACGGCUUCCCCUUUGACUUCCAGACCAGCUGCCCACUCAUCCUCUGCACCACAGGAAGCAGGCCAAACUCAGACACGUUCCCCAAGUUCGUCGUCACAGCCAAGAACGAGGACCGAGAUCCAUCACUGGCGCUGUGGGUCAAGCAGGUGGACGUGACCGUGUGGGGCUACAGCAUCGUGAUUCACAGGGCCUACAAGCACACGGUGCUGGUCAACAAUGAACGGCUCUAUCUGCCCCUGAAGUUGGGACAAGGGAAAAUAAACAUCUUUUCUUUUGGUUUCCACGUGGUGGUGGAAACUGACUUUGGGCUAAAGGUGGUCUACGACUGGAAGACCUUCCUGUCCGUCACGGUUCCUCGGAGCAUGCAGAACAGCACCUACGGCCUGUGUGGCCGCUACAACGGCAACCCCGACGACGACCUGGAGAUGCCCAUGGGUCUGCUGGCCUCCAGCGUCAAUGAGUUUGGACAGAGCUGGGUGAAGAGGGACACCUUCUGCCAGAUUGGCUGUGGUGACCGCUGCCCAUCCUGUGCCAAGGUGGAAGGUUUCUCCAAAGUGCAGCAGCUCUGCAACCUGAUCCCCAGCCAGAACGCGGGCUUCACCAAGUGCCACAGCAAGGUCAACCCCACCUUCUUCUAUAAGAACUGCCUCUUCGACUCUUGCAUUGAUGGGGGCGCUGUGCAGACCGCCUGCAGCUGGCUGCAGAACUAUGCCAGCACCUGCCAGACCCAGGGGAUCGCGGUGACCGGCUGGAGGAACUACACAUCCUGCUCCGUCGCCUGCCCUCCCAACAGCCACUACGACAGCUGCGUGAGCGUGUGCCAGCCCCGCUGCGCCGCCAUCCGCCUCAAGAGCGACUGCAACCACUACUGCGUGGAGGGCUGCCAGUGCGACCCCGGCUACGUCCUCAACGGCAGGAGCUGCAUUCUGCCGCACAACUGCGGCUGCUACUCCGACGGCAAGUACUACGAGCCCAAGCAGCUGUUCUGGAACAGCGACUGCACGAGGCGGUGCCGCUGUUUCCGGCGCAACCUGAUCCAGUGCGACCCGCGCCAGUGCAAGUCGGGCGAGGAGUGCGCACUGCGCAACGGGGUGCGCGGCUGCUUCAGCACCAAGACCUCCUACUGCCUGGCGGCCGGUGGCGGCGUCUUCCGCACCUUCGACGGCGCCUUCCUCCGCUUCCCAGCCAACUGCGCCUUCGUGCUCUCCACUAUCUGCCAGAAGCUCCCCGACAUCUCCUUCCAGCUCAUCAUCAACUUCGACAAGUGGUCGGCCCCCAAUCUCACCAUCAUUUCGCCCGUCUAUUUCUACAUUAACGAAGAGCAGAUUCUCAUCAGCGACCGGAACACAGUCAAGGUGAAUGGCACACAAGUGAAUGUUCCGUUCAUAACCGGCCUGGCAACCAAAAUCUACAGCAGUGAGGGGUUCCUGGUGAUUGACACCAGCCCCGACAUCCAGAUCUACUACAACGGCUACAACGUCAUAAAAAUCAGCAUCAGUGAGAGGCUGCAGAGCAAAGUGUGUGGCCUUUGCGGCAACUUCAAUGGGGACUUAACUGAUGAUUACGUGACCUUGCGGGGGAAGCCAGUGGUGAGCAGCGUGGUGCUGGCCCAGAGCUGGAAAACCAAUGGCAUGCAGAAGAGCUGCAACGAGCUGCAGUUCUCACAGUACGCAGCCAUGUGCGACAACGUGCACAUCCAGAACAUGCAGGGCGACGGCUACUGCCUGAAGCUCACGGACAUGAAGGGCUUCUUCCAGCCCUGCUACGGGCUGCUCGACCCCCUCCCCUUCUACGAGUCCUGCUACCUGGACGGCUGCUACAACCACAGGAAGUUCCAGCUGUGCGGCUCCCUGGCCGCCUACGGGGAGUCCUGCCGCUCCUUCGGGAUCCUCAGCACCGAGUGGAUUGAGAAGGAGAAUUGCUCAGGAGUGGUUGAAGAUCCUUGUGUGGGGGUGGACUGUCCCAACCGAACCUGUGAGCUGGAAAAUGGAGGGGAGCUGUGUGGCUGCAUUGAACCCCCUCCCUAUGGAAACAACUCCCACGACAUCAUUGAUGCAGAGGUGACCUGCAAGGCGUCUCAGAUGGAAGUGUCCAUAUCUAAGUGCAAGCUCUUCCAGCUCGGCUUCGAGAGGGAGGGCGUGCGGGUCAAUGACAGGCAGUGCACCGGCAUUGAGGGCGAGGACUUUAUCUCCUUUCAGAUCAACAACACCAAAGGGAACUGUGGAAACAUUGUGCAGUCCAAUGGCACUCAUAUCAUGUAUAAAAAUACUGUUUGGAUAGAGAGCGCCAACAACACUGGCAACAUCAUCACCAGGGACAGGACAAUCAGUGUGGAAUUUUCAUGCGCUUAUGAGCUGGAUAUCAAGAUCUCCUUGGACUCCGUUGUGAAGCCUAUGCUAAGUGUCAUUAACCUGACGGUCCCAACUCAAGAAGGCAGCUUCACCACCAAGAUGGCGCUCUACAAAAACGCCUCCUACAAACAUCCUUACCGCCAGGGUGAAGUUGUGCUGACAACUCGAGAUGUGCUGUACGUUGGGGUCUUUGUGGUCGGAGCUGACGCCACACAUCUCAUUCUGACGCUGGACAAAUGCUACGCCACCCCAUCCCGUGACAGCAACGACAAGCUCCGAUACUUCAUCAUUGAAGGAGGGUGUCAGAACAUUAAAGACAACACCAUUGGCAUCGAGGAGAAUGGCGUCUCCCUCACCUGCCGCUUCCAUGUCACGGUCUUUAAGUUCAUUGGGGAUUAUGAUGAAGUCCACCUACACUGUGCCGUGUCCCUCUGCGAUUCAGAAAAGUACUCCUGUAAAAUAACUUGCCCUCAAAACUCCAGGACUGCCACAGAUUAUAGCAAGGAACCUAAAGAACAGAUCAUUUCAGUGGGACCUAUUAGGAGAAAAAGGCUGGACUGGUGUGAGGACAAUGGAGGCUGUGAGCAGAUUUGCACGAGCCGGGUGGAUGGGCCUCUGUGCAGCUGCGUGACGGGCACCCUGCAGGAGGAUGGCAAGAGCUGCCGAGCCUCUAAUUCUUCCAUCGAACUUCAAGUUUGGAUGCUGCUUCUCGUCAUGACCCAGAUUUCAUUAUGGCAUUUUGUCUAUAAGUCAGGCACGACCUCAUAA